GAUUAACUUGUGUUUAUCUUGUUAAUAGGUUCUCGGUGGAGUGAUCAUGGUAACUUCGUUCAUUUUUAGGGUUUUGAUACUGGUUUUUGGCUAUGCUUAUCCAGCUUACAAGUGUUACAAGACCAUAGAAUUGAAUAAGCAAGAGAUUGGGCAGUUGCGUUUCUGGUGCCAAUAUUGGAUUCUAGUUGCAUUGUUGACAGCAUUGGGAGUAUUUGCUGAUAUAUUCUUCUCAUGGUUGCCAUUCUAUUACGGAGCAAAGCUUGGAGCCUUCCUGUAUUUGUGGCAUCCCAGGACAAAAGGAGCAACAUUUGUCUAUGAAACAUACCUAGGGUCUUUUAUCGCGGAGCAUGAGUCUGAGAUUGAUAGGUCAUUGGUCGAAUUUAGAGCAAGAGCCGCAGACAGGGGAUUGAUAGCUUGGCAGAUGGCUGCUAGCUACUUGCAGACAAGGGUUUCUGAGAUAAUGAAAUAUGCUAUUUCAUUGAUGCCAGCAAAAAAGAUGAAUUCUAUAGAGCCACAGGAGCAGCAGCAAGCUCCUUGGUUAAGUUCUGCAAUGCCGUCUGUGUCUGUUCGUCAAUUGGCACCAUCUCAGCAACCUCGAAAGGAAGCAAGGUUUGAGCCCAAUGCUACCAAAAGGCAGGCACGAGAACAGCCAACAAAGGAAACCAUGUCUCUCCUGCCUUCUUCAGCCCAGUCCCAAGAGACAGCUCCUGAAAUAGACAGUUCAGAAACUGCUCGCAUACCCACUCCAGCCGAGGAACCAAUUGGGGAUGAGGAAUCCGGUUCUGAACCGGUUGAAGACUCAGAUCAGCUAGGUGAGGAGACACCGGUCCAGGCAGCAAUACAUGUAGCAAGCAACAGUUUGAGAAAGCGAGUUGCCACUGCUGCAACCAGCCCUACAUAG